AUGAGCGAACCACACCUCGUUGUCCGCGGUGACGACUCCAUCCUCAGUCUCGCUCCUCUCCCCGCUGUCCUUCACCGCGGGCUCGUUGCCGUAUCUUUCUUCGGUUUCCUUUCUUUCAUCAGCAGCGUCGCCCUUCUAUUCUUUCUGCUUUUCAAACUGGUACGAUGGCAGCUCCGACCGAUCGACCUGGCCUCCGGGACCAACCCCAAGGCCACGCCUGUACUCGACCAUGAACUUCCCGAUGAGCACCUCUGUCCUCAGAUGGAGGUGCCAGCACCGCAAGAGGAGGUGACGACCGUAUGGGGACGGCUUCGCAGGGACCCCCCUAACCAGUUCCUCGUCUUGAUCUUGAACCUGCUCUUCGCCGAUAUCCAGCAGGCCCUUGCCUUCUUGCUCAACGCUGCGUGGCUGCGAAAGGACGCCAUUCGUGCGGGAACUUCAAUGUGUUGGGCGCAAGGCUGGUUCGUUUCGACGGGCGAUUUGGCAUCCUCCGUCUUCAUCUUCCUCAUCGCCAUGCACACAUAUUUGGGGGUUGUACGAGGCCACCGGAUGGCUACGUGGGCUUUUUACACUACCAUCAUAGGCGGCUGGGCCUUCACCUAUCUGACGGCCAUCAUUGGCGUCAUCAUCACGAACAACGGCGCGUCCGUGGGCGGCCUCUACGUUCGUGCUGGUGCAUGGUGCUGGAUCAACUCAGCUUACCAGGACAUCCGUCUCUUCCUGCACUACCUCUGGAUCUUCCUGUCGCUAGGCAUCACCUCGGCCUUCUACAUCCUCAUCUUCUUCCACAUCCGCAAGGCCACGCUUGCGGCCUCGCGCGAGGGACACCAAGGGCACAACAAGCAGAACCUCGCGGCACCCCUUCACCGUCGCUCCCUAAUCGACCACGCCUCGCAAAGGACCUUUCUCCUGUACCCCUUUAUCUACGUCAUCUGCACAACGCCUCUAGCCGCUGGUCGCGUUGCCUCCAUGGCCGGUGCCACCCCGUCCCUCGCAUACUUCUGCUUCUCUGGCUCAAUGAUCGCUUGUAACGGGUGGCUCGAUGUGCUACUGUAUGCCACAACACGUCGCUCCAUCGUCUUCUCCGACCUGCCGCCUUCGCAGGAUACGGGUCUCGAGACCUUCGCCUUCAUGCGCACGCCGCCGAAUCGCCGAUUCGGCAACGUCGUCUUCGUCGCCGGCGGCGCCGAAAAUAUGGUCAACGACGACUACAGGGGCCACUCCCGCGGUGGGCGCAAGAAGCUCGGCUCACUGGGCAAGCUGACGAGGCUGCGCGGUGAGGCGGGCUCUAGCGAGGACAGUCUCCAAGGUCCUGGACAGCAGGGCAGUGGCGGCGGUAGCAGUGGGGGCGGCGCUGGUCUGGGCGAUUCAGAUGGAGACGGUUACGAGCGUCGUAGUCGAGAUGGAUCAUCACGGGGCUCGAGUCGAGGUCAGGAACGGGAACCGGACCAAGACCUAUCUCGCAAGUGA